ACAGCCCCGCGCCCGCCGCCUCCAUGUCCCGCAGGAAGGGGCGGAGCGCCGCGCCGCCGUUGGGGCCGCGCGAUGAGCGGAGAGGGGGAAGCGCUGCGAGGGUACAACGGCGAGCUGCUGGAGGCGCUGGCGGAGCUCCGCGCCCGGCGGGAUGAGCUGAGCGAACGGAUCCGGGAGGAGGAGGCGGAGCGCGGACGGUUGCAGAGCCGCAUCGCGGCGCUCACGGAGCGCUUGGCACGGAGCUCCGAGCGCACGGCCCGGCAUCUGAGUGCGCGCUGCCAGCUGGACGCCAGCAUCGCUGAGAGCGAGGCGGCAUACGGCAAGAUUCUGGAGAGUUCUCAGACAUUGCUAGAUGCCCUGAAGGGAGAAAUUGGGAAUGCUAGCAAAGCCAGUGAGUCUGCAAGCACUUCAAAACAAACACGUGGACAAAAGCAUUCCUAAAGCUGUUCUCCAGCCUGGCCAGGCCCCUUGGUUGGGGGCAGCUGCUGUUGUGGUACAAGGAUGCCACCGUUAAUAAAAGUGUGUUGCAGGAGUAUA